AUGGAUGGCGCGCCCUCAUCCGAGAGCCAUGCCAUUACUCCCCAGCUACGCCAGAGGAUGCUGAACCGCGCUGCCAUCUUUGGCGAGAGUGUACAGCCGUCGACGCCACCCACUGCAGUCUCUCGCCGCCGCAGUUCUCUUGUAUCAGACCUCUCGGACACGCGACCCUCGCUCUGGUCCUCAACAGACAACCUACCGAGGACGGGUGUCAAGUAUGACAUGGACAGGCAAGAUGCCGCCUCGGAUGAGCCUUCACGGUGGAUUGCGCUGCCCGUCGUGGCUGCGGUUGUGCCUGCCAUUAUAGGCUUGACGGUGGAGAACGGCGCUGUGAUUGCGACUGAUGUGCUGAUAUUGGUGUUGGCGGGCUGGUUCCUGCACUUGAGUGUCAAGGUGCCAUGGGACUGUUACCGUGAUGCCCAGCAAAGACGAUACAUCAGCGAUGAAGCCGACGACGAAACGUACGAUGACACCAUCCAUGAAGUAAACGAAAACGACGUACAUGACAUAGCCGAGGGUGUUGGCGACGGAGCAAGCCAGGAGCAGGGUGACAUGAGCCCUGCGCCUUCAGUGACAUCGCCAGCACAGCAGGAGGCUCGCGAGGCUCUGAAGCGAUCAGAGCUACUGGCGUUUGUUGGAUGUUUCCUGGGUCCGCUUCUCGGGGCGCUCCUCAUGCAUACCGUGCGAGGGCAGUUGAUGCGCGCCGAAGGCAUAGUCUCCGACGCCAACCUGAGCAUCUUCCUACUGAUCGCAGAGAUUCCGCCAGUCAAUCGUCUAAUCAAGAUGCGUACUGAGCGCAUAUUGCACCUACAGCGCAUUGUGCGAGAUACGCCGAGGGGUCCAAUUCGACCCGCCGAUGCGCAACAACUUUCGCAGCGUAUAGCCGAGCUCGAAAGCCGUCUCGACGGCGCGUCCUCCUCCAACAACAAAAAUACCAACCAGGUAGACGUAGAGAAGCUCAGCACCGAAAUCCGCCAGACUACGCAACUGCAACUCGAUGCGCUCAAUCGCGCCGUCAGACGAUAUGAGAAGCGCCAUAUGGCGCAAACCCUUCAGAUUGAGGCACGUUUUCAAGACCUGGAGGCUCGCCUUCAAGAUACGCUCGCGCUUGCUGCCGCCGCAGCCAGAACUGGCCACCGCCCAGGCAUCAUCACUGUGACAAUUAGUUGGAUAGCUGGGACAAUUAGUAGCAUGUUGCAACUGGUCUGGGAUAUCUCCAUGUAUCCCUUCCGGACCGCAGCGAUUGUUUUAUCAGUCAUCAAGUCGAUGUUUGUCCCGGACAAGCGGCAGACCAAACCGCGAGUAAAGGGAGGGCAGGUCAAUGGACAUACGUCGAUAUCAUCGAGUAGGAUGCAGUCCAAAGUUGGGCGAUGA